UUUAAUUUUGGACUUCCAGAAAAUAGGCCAUUUCUUUUCCAUUGUGCCCCAGGGGACGCCUCCUGGGGAGAGGAGCACAGAAUGAAUGUGGUACCCCGGGGAGCUGAGAGGACAGUGACCUUCUUCCUGCAGCAUCGAGGAGCAGAGGGCACCAUGGGGCUUCCAGGUGUGAUGCCAGCUUCUGUCUUAAAAUGCCAGUUGUUGCUGUCUGUGCUGCUGCUGCUGCUGCUGCUGCUGGGACAGGCCUCCCAAGGCCUAGUCAUCAUGCCCCCUGGGCCAGAGUUCAUCCUCAACAUCUCCAGCACCUUUGUUCUGACCUGCUCGGGUUCAGCUCCAGUGAUGUGGGAACAGAUGUCCCAGGUGCCCUGGCAAGAGGCGGCCGUGAAUCAGGACGGCACCUUCUCCAGUGUGCUGACCCUGACUAAUGUCACGGGGGGAGACACCGGAGAAUACUUUUGUGUCUACAACAACUCCCUAGGCUCAGAGCUUAGUGAGCGGAAGCGCAUCUAUAUCUUCGUGCCAGAUCCCACCAUGGGCUUCCUCCCUAUGGACUCUGAGGAUCUAUUCAUUUUUGUUACGGAUGUUACUGAGACGACAAUUCCAUGCCGAGUGACAGACCCCCAGCUGGAGGUGACACUGCAUGAGAAGAAAGUAGAUAUCCCCCUACAUGUACCCUAUGACCACCAGCGAGGUUUCACUGGUACAUUUGAGGACAAGACUUACAUCUGCAAAACCAUCAUUGGGGACAGGGAAGUGGACUCCGACACCUACUACGUCUACAGCCUCCAGGUGUCAUCCAUCAACGUCUCUGUGAACGCAGUGCAGACUGUGGUCCGCCAGGGCGAGAGCAUCACCAUCAAGUGCAUUGUGAUGGGAAACGAUGUGGUCAACUUCCAGUGGACGUACCCACGCAUGAAGAGUGGGCGGCUGGUGGAGCCUGUGACAGACUACCUCUUUGGAGUGCCCUCCCGCCUUGGCUCCAUCCUGCAAAUCCCCACGGCUGAGCUGAGUGACUCGGGAACCUAUACUUGCAAUGUGUCAGUGAGCGUGAAUGACCACGGAGAUGAAAAAGCCAUCAACAUCACUGUGGUCGAGAAAGGCUAUGUGCGGCUGCUGGGAACACUGGGCGAUGUGCAAAUUGCUGAACUGCAUCGGAGCCGGACAUUGCAGGUGGUGUUUGAGGCGUAUCCACCGCCCACUGUCCUGUGGCUCAAGGACAACCGUACCUUGGGUGACUCUACUGCCGGUGAGAUGGUUCUCUCCACUCGCAACGUGUCUGAGACCCGGUACGUGUCAGAACUGACCUUGGUACGUGUGAAGGUGGCAGAAGCUGGCUACUAUAGUAUGCGGGCCUCCAACGAGGAUGAAGAGGCCCAGCUCUCCUUCAAGCUGCAGGUCAAUGUCCCUGUCCGUGUGCUGGAGCUGAGUGAGAGCCACCCUGCCAAUGGGGAGCAGACCAUCCGCUGUCGUGGCCGAGGCAUGCCUCAGCCAAACGUCACCUGGUCUACCUGCAGAGACAUCAAAAGAUGUCCACGAAAGAUGUCACCUACACCCUUGGGGAAUAGUUCCAAGGAGGAGAGCCAGCUGGAAACCAAUGUGACCUUCUGGGAGGAAGAACAGGAAUAUGAGGUAGUGAGCACACUGCGCCUGCGUCACGUGGACCAGCCACUGUCAGUGCGCUGUAUGCUGCAGAACUCGAUGGGCCGAGAUUCACAGGAAGUCACCGUGGUACCACAUUCCUUGCCCUUCAAAGUGGUGGUGAUCUCGGCCAUCCUGGCCUUGGUGGUCCUCACCGUCAUCUCUCUCAUCAUCCUCAUCAUGCUGUGGCAGAAGAAACCACGCUAUGAGAUCCGAUGGAAGGUGAUUGAGUCUGUGAGCUCUGAUGGUCAUGAGUACAUCUAUGUGGACCCUGUGCAGUUGCCUUACGACUCCACCUGGGAGCUGCCACGGGACCAGCUUGUUCUGGGACGCACCCUUGGCUCUGGGGCUUUCGGACAGGUGGUGGAGGCCACGGCUCACGGUCUGAGCCAUUCCCAGGCCACCAUGAAAGUGGCUGUCAAGAUGCUGAAAUCUACAGCCAGAAGCAGUGAGAAGCAAGCCCUCAUGUCGGAGCUGAAGAUCAUGAGUCACCUCGGACCCCACCUGAAUGUGGUGAACCUGCUGGGAGCCUGUACCAAAGGAGGGCCCAUCUACAUUAUCACGGAAUACUGCCGCUACGGUGACCUGGUGGACUACCUGCACCGCAACAAGCACACCUUCUUGCAGCGCCACUCCAACAAGCACUGCCCACCCAGUGCUGAGCUCUACAGCAAUGCCCUGCCGGUGGGGCUCUCCCUACCCAGCCACUUGUCCCUGACUGGGGAGAGCGAUGGUGGUUACAUGGACAUGAGCAAGGAUGAAUCCGUAGAUUAUGUGCCUAUGCUGGACAUGAAAGGAGACAUCAAGUACGCAGACAUUGAGUCCUCCAACUACAUGGCCCCUUACGAUAACUAUGUCCCAUCUGCCCCUGAAAGGACCUAUCGGGCCACCCUGAUCAAUGAGUCACCUGUGCUUAGCUACACAGACCUCGUGGGCUUCAGCUACCAAGUGGCUAAUGGCAUGGAGUUCUUGGCCUCUAAGAAUUGUGUUCACCGAGACCUGGCAGCCAGGAAUGUGCUCAUCUGUGAGGGCAAGCUGGUCAAGAUCUGUGACUUUGGCCUGGCUCGGGACAUCAUGCGGGACUCAAACUACAUCUCCAAAGGCAGUACUUUCCUGCCUCUAAAGUGGAUGGCCCCAGAGAGCAUCUUCAACAGCCUCUACACUACCCUGAGUGAUGUGUGGUCCUUUGGGAUCCUACUCUGGGAGAUCUUCACUCUGGGUGGCACCCCUUACCCAGAGCUGCCCAUGAACGACCAGUUCUACAAUGCCAUCAAGAGGGGCUACCGCAUGGCCCAGCCUGCUCAUGCCUCUGAUGAGAUCUAUGCGAUCAUGCAGAAAUGCUGGGAAGAAAAGUUCGAGACUCGGCCCCCCUUCUCCCAGCUGGUAGUGCUCCUGGAGAGGCUUCUGGGUGAGGGUUAUAAAAAGAAGUACCAGCAGGUAGACGAGGAGUUUCUGAGGAGUGACCAUCCAGCCAUCUUGCGCUCCCAAGCCCGCUUGCCGGGGAUCCACGGCCUCCGAGCCCCACUGGACACCAGCUCUGUUCUCUACACUGCCGUGCAGCCCAAUGAGAGUGACAAUGACUACAUCAUCCCCUUGCCUGACCCCAAGCCUGAUGCUGCUGAUGAGGGCAUCCUGGAGGGUUCCCCCAGCCUUGCCAGCUCCACCUUGAACGAAGUCAACACUUCCUCCACCAUCUCCUGCGACAGCCCCCUGGAUCUCCAAGAAGAGCCACAGCCAGAGCCCGAGGAGGCAGAGCCACAGCAGCCACAGGAUUCAUGCCCAGGUCCUCUGGCUGAAGUGGAGGACAGCUUCCUGUAGGGAUUGGCCCCACCCGAGUCUGCCCGAAACUUCCAUCUGCCUCCCAGCAUUCAACCCUCCUGGCCUAGUCUGGCCUCCCAGCACCUGCACUGCCACCAGCUGUCCCUUUGGAGAAUGCCCUUGGUUUGCAGCCCCCAAGGUCCAGGGACCAGCUUAGCUCAGUAGGCAAGAGAGCUGUGGGAACUGAGCUUCUGCCUCUGGAAGGCCGUGGGACCCUGAGCCGGGGCUCCUCCAGGGGACUCAGUUUCCGCAGAUGUAAGAGGAAGAGUUGGACUUGGUUACUGGACAGGUAUGGAGCCCAGAUUCCUGGAGAAAUGCAUGGGCAUAAGGUGUUGUGUUCAUGCCCUCCUGUGUAGCAUCUGUCUUGUCCCCUAACUGCAUCACUGUACUUUGAUCUUCCCAAGAACUGGGCAGGGAGCUGGUUCCCAGCUCCUCGCCAAACUGAGGCCAGCUGUGGACAAGGUCAUUUCAUUCACAACCCACCUCCCCUGGUCUUAGCACUCCCAGGUCCGAACUGGUCUGGGGCCAGCCAUGCUUAAUAAACACUGUUAGUGGUGAAGGUAAGCCGAGUAAGGGAUGCUCUGGCCUGCAGCCUUGCCCAGGGCCCUCAGGGCA